UUUCUUUUUUUUUUGUGCACCUAUUUCCUUUUUCUUCUCUCUCUGUGUGGAAUAAGAAAGACAACGCAGAGGAGGAGAAGAAAGUGAGAGAAUGGCGUAUGUUAGUAUGGGUGAAGCUCACCGGCGAAUCACUGAGUACCUAAACCGCUUCUGCGACGCCGUUUCGUAUCAAGACUCAUCUAUGCUUUGUCGCCUCCUAUCUUUCUCUUCCAAUUCCCCGUCUCUCAUCUCACUCGCCGACGCACUCAACGUCUUCCAGGAUGCCAGCAGUUUGAUAAGACAAUCUGAGAAGUUCUCAGAAUACGGCGAGAUCCUAGCUCACUUGUUCCGUUCUCUACAAAGUUACCGCGUUGGGAAUCUAGUCGAAGCAUACCUCGCUUUUGACAAGUUUGCAAAUGCUUUUGUUCAGGAGUUUCGUAAUUGGGAAUCUGCCUGGGCACUUGAAGCUCUCUAUGUAGUUUGUUAUGAGAUUCGAAUUCUUGCUGAAAAGGCUGAUAAAGAACUGACCUCCAACGGAAAAUCCCCUGAGAAACUAAAAGCUGCUGGAUCUCUUCUGAUGAAAGUUUUUGGAGUUCUUGCUGGUAAAGGUCCAAAACGAGUUGGAGCAUUGUAUGUGACUUGCCAAUUGUUCAAGACCUACUUCAAGCUUGGAACUGUGAAUCUUUGUCGAAGUGUAAUAAGAAGUAUUGAGACUGCUCGGAUAUUUGACUUUGAGGAGUUUCCAAGAAGAGACAAGGUUACAUAUAUGUAUUAUACCGGAAGAUUAGAAGUCUUCAACGAGAAUUUUCCUGCUGCUGAUACAAAGCUAUCAUAUGCAUUACAACAUUGCAACCCCAGAAGAGAACGGAAUAUAAGGAUGAUAUUGAAGUAUUUAAUCCCAGUGAAACUUUCUUUAGGAAUCAUACCAAAAGAUGAGCUCUUACAAAAGUAUAAUCUUCAUGAGUACAUGAAUGUUGUGCAAGCUCUGAGGAAGGGUGAUCUCAGGCUUCUUCGACAUGCUCUUCAAGAACACGAAGAUCGGUUCUUGAGGUCCGGUGUGUACCUUGUCUUGGAAAAGCUGGAGCUCCAAGUCUACCAGAGACUCAUGAAGAAAAUUUAUAUCAUCCAGAAGCUGAGUGAUCCAGCGAGAGCUCACCAACUGAAGCUUGAAGUGAUUGCCAAAGCACUUAGAUGGCUGGAGAUAGAUAUGGAUCUCGACGAGGUGGAAUGUAUAAUGACGAUCUUGAUAUACAAAAACCUUGUGAAAGGUUAUUUGGCACACAAGAGCAAAGUGGUAGUUCUAAGCAAGCAAGAUCCUUUCCCUAAACUGAACGGGAAGCCUGUUAGCUCAUAGAAUUUACCUCCACCGUGCAGGCUCUGCCAUCCUUGUUGUAUUAAAUAACACCAUGUUUUAAACUUUAAGUUCUUUUUGAUAGUUCGAUAGAUUUUAUAUGCAUAAGGAUGAUCUAAAAAUUAUCAGAACAUCCCGAAUCUUUUUACAGCUUAAUGAUUCUCUUUUUUUUUU